AUGGCGAGCGUGGAAGGAAGUGACAGUGUUCAAAUCGUAGAUGUCUGGAGAGACAACAUGGAACAAGAGUUCUCGUUGAUUCAAAGGAGUUAUGGAGCAUUGUCAGGAAACCUAGGACUCGCCAAACUCAUUCAAGUGGGUCUCACGUUGUCUGACGAACAAGGUAACAUUCCCAUGAUCAUGAGUUCGACAACGCACGAGGCCAAGCAACGUGUCUGGCAGUUCAACUUCUGCGAGUUCGAUCCCAAAAACCGAUCCCAAAUCUCGAGACAUCAUCGAGACUCUAAUUUACAAUGGGUUUUAAUGUCGUCGAGGCUUGUUCAGGACGAUAAGGUUCAAUGGAUUGCCUUUGGUUCGUCUGAUUUUGGGUACAUGGUGAAGCUGCUUACUGGGAAGAAGAAUCUUCCAGAAACAGAACAAGAGUUCUUCAAGAUUCUUAAGGAUUUUUCCCUGUUUCUUAUGAUCUGA